AGCACGUUCUGAUGUCUGCAAACCACAGCUGCGUGCCCGUGGGAGGUGCUGGAGAGCAGGCUCGGGCACUGCCUCACACGUCCCCUCCUCUCUGGGUCACCUGGGAGCACCAACAACAAUUUGGAAGUUCACUGAGCUUGAGGCAAAGUCUUCGGAGAGGGCUUAUUCUGAGCACACCCCUUUCCCUCCCCCUGGGCUGAAGGAAACGUGGGGCCAGCCCUGCCCCAUUCCAUCCCCAUUGGCUGGCAUGAGGCAGAGGGGAGUUUAAAAAGGCCACCGUGCCUGGGCUGGGGACCGGAGCCUGUGCUACUGGAAGGCUGGGUACCCUCCUCUGGCUGGCACCAUGCAGCUAUCUCUAGCUCUGUGUCUCGUCUGCUUGCUGAUGCAUGCAGCCUUCCGUGUGGUGGAGGCGCAAGGGUGGCAGGCCUUCAAGAAUGAUGCCACAGAAAUCAUCCCCGAGCUGGGCGAGUAUCCUGAGCCCCUGCCGGAGCCUGAGAACAACAAGACCAUGAACCGGGCAGAGAACGGAGGGCGGCCUCCCCACCAUCCCUUUGAGACCAAAGACCCGUCGGAGUACAGCUGCCGCGAGCUACAUAUCACCCGCUACGUGACGGAUGGGCAAUGCCGCAGCGCCAAGCCGGUGACCGAGCUGGUGUGCUCCGGCCAGUGCGGCCCGGCGCGCCUGCUGCCCAACGCCAUCGGUCGCGGCAAGUGGUGGCGCCCUAACGGGCCUGACUUCCGUUGCAUCCCCGACCGCUACCGCGCGCAGCGCCUGCAGCUGCUGUGUCCCGGCGGCGCCGCACCGCGCUCGCGCAAGGUGCGCCUGGUGGCCUCUUGCAAAUGCAAGCGCCUCACCCGCUUCCACAACCAGUCGGAGCUCAAAGACUUCGGGCCCGAGGCGGCGCGGCCGCAGAAGGGCCGCAAAGUGCGGCCCCGUGCCGGGGGCGCCAAAACCAACCAGGCCGAGCUGGAGAACGCCUAUUAGAGCUCGGCGGCGCUGCGCCUUCCCAGCCGGCGCCCCCACGAUGGAGGUUCUCCCGUGUUUCUGUCCCCUGCGCGUUGUUCGAUUGUUUGUACUUCAUUUAAAAUACCAGCAGCCCAGGGGGAGGCAGCCAGGCCCUGUGGAAUCCGGGAUGCCAGCCCAGGCCCCCUACCCCGUCCGCUGAGGGGGACCCGCAGCGCGCGGGAGGGAGUUGAGAGUCACAGGCACUGAACCACGCAGCCCCGCUCCCUGAGACCACCCAGCUUUGACGGUCUCGCAGCAGAGGAGGCAGAUGUGGAACCGUUAUCACCACCGGGAUUUUAAGGGAGUGGAGGGGAGUGGGAAAAAUCUGGGACCAGGUAAGAAAGUUCGGUAGGAUCCCUCCUCCACCUCUCUGUCUGAUCAUAAAGCCUUCAAUGCUGGGUUGCGCCAAGAUCACAGGCGUGGAGGUCCUUAGAUAGGGUUUCCAGUCCCGGCUGUGCCACUAACUCGCUGUGUACCCUGCUGACUACAGCAUUCCCUCUCUGAGCCUCGAUUUCUUCCUUUGUAAAAUGGGGGUGGGUGGGACCAGGAUGGCAGAGGCAUCUACUGCCUUAUGACUUCAAGGGCUCCAGUGCACUUCGAAUGGGCAGAGGAGAGAGGUUGAAUUGAAUUACUACCCAGAUCAUUUCCAGAAUUCGGAGAUAUGAUCCUCUGAUCUGACAGCCAAAGAUGAAAAACAAGCAGGAAAAAAGAAGAGUCUAUUUAUGGCCGAGAAACUCCUGGGAGAAGCUGUAGUGUUUCCAAGCCUGGCCUCCCCAGACGUUUGGCUACCUCCACUCCUCCAUCUUAAAGGAUGUAGAAAUAACACCAUCAAUUGGGGUUGAGAAGGAGGGGGUCCCAAGAGCGAGAGGGAGGGAUAGAAAUUGCCCCCCGCAUUCCCAAGGAGCAGCACCCCCCUCUCCUGCCCCUUGGCCAUAUUUUAAAGUCACCUUCUACAGAGAUGC